AUUUGCAUUGAAAUAAUAUUGAUUAAUAUUCGAUGUAUUUGUACAAAUCAAUGAGUAAUUAAUAUUUAAUUUACUUUGUACUUGGAAAUAGUCUGUAAAAAAAUAUAUGAAACAAGAAACCAAAAUGAUUAGAUAAGCCAGUGGUAUUACUAUGGAAAUGGAUAAAACAUUAAAAGAAGAUGAAAAUGAAUCUAGUGAAACUGCAUCUAAAAUUCUAAAUAUUUCUGAAGAAUUUCUGACAAAUAAAGAAGAAACUGAUACAUCCACUCCUGAAGAUCCACCCGUUGAUGCAAUAUCUGAAGAAGUACAGGCUGUUUUAAGAGAGUUUGAAUUAACACCGGAUAUUCAACAUGAUCAAUUAACUAUUCAAGAUAAUCAUGAUAUCGAUAGACUUGCAUCACCGAAUCCUCCAGAUGAAGUAGUUGCAUCGAAUAAAAAUAGAUUAAAUAUUCCCGAUUCCGUAAUUGAAGGUGAAUCUACCUGUAAUGAAGAUAAGAAAACUGAAGAGAAAAAAGAUGAAACAAAAGAUAUUGUUGAACCAUUGCCAGAGAAAAUUAAUGUUAUAAAAGAAGACCGUCCAAAACUUGGCGAUGAAACAAUGUCAUUAGAUGAAAGCUCUGCUGAUAUUGUGUUGUUUGAUGAAGCAACGGGCAUACUAUCCUCAUCGUCCGAUUUAUUUGAGGAGGAUGAGGACAGUGAUUUUUAAAAAACCGGAUCAAAAAGCAUUAAAUUUGAUAGUUUGUCUAGUGAUGAAAUCGAUCUACCAAAGCCUGAAAAUUAAACUGCUCCAUCACCAAAAAUUCCUAGUUUAUAUGUAGAUAUACAUUUGAUAAAAACUCAAUUGCAAUGUC